AUGAGUGCAACGAAAACACAACAAACUUUGUCCUCAGCCCUCCAGGCAGUUGUUGACAAGGAAGAAAUUCGUUCCGUAAUUUACCGUUUCGCCCGGGGCUCAGACCGCGGCAUCCGCGACCUCGUUCAAUCGGUAUUCCAUCCCGAUGCGACAGACAAUCAUGGUUUCUACAACGGACCAGCAAAAGACAUGUACGAUGCGCUGAAUGCAGGACCCUCCCCAGAUGCAGCCCAUCACCACAUUGGGCAGUCUCUGAUUGAGCUCGGAGACGACGGAAUCACGGCGGCUGCAGAGACGUACUGCAUUGCGACGACGGUCAAUGUUGUCGACGGCAAGGAUAAAUGGGUCACGUUUCUCGUGAGGUACAUCGACACCUUUGAGAAACGGGAGGGAGAAUGGAAGAUCAAAGACCGGGUUUUGGCAUUUGAUGGGGUUUCUGAUGGCAAUGUGCUGAAGAGCUUACCGAAAGAGAGCCUUGGACGCAGGGAUGAGAAUGACUACUCGAGAAAGGUUAUGAAGAACUAA